UGGAGGGGAGGAGGUGAAAAAGAAACAUCCACUUUUUUACCGCUUUCUUUUAAUUUGAAUUCACUAAAAAUCAUCAUAUUUCGUUUUUUAUACUCUUUUUUUAAUAAUGUACGAGACAUACCCACUUUUGUUGAACCUUUAUGUUAUGUUUUCAAGUGAGCGUUGACAGGAAAUGGUACGAUCCAGUUAGUCAGGAAGUAGGCGAAGGGGUAAAGUGUUUACAUUUUCACUACUAGUUAAGUUCACUACUAUUUAAGUUCUUGUGACUUCUCACAACCUUUUCAACAUGAGUGUCCCCGAAAUCCAUUUUGAUUACAAAGAGCACCAGCACCUGCGUUACAACCCUCUGAAGGACUCCUGGGUCCUGGUCUCAGCCCACCGCAUGAGGAGACCCUGGGCUGGUCAGCUGGAAAAACCUCCUGAAGAACACGUACCCAGAUAUGAUCCCCGCAAUCCACUCUGUCCUGGAAACACACGUGCUAAUGGGGAGGUGAAUCCAGACUAUAAAAGCACUUUUGUAUUUGAAAAUGACUUCCCUGCCCUCCAGCCAAAUGCUCCAGCUCCUGGUGGUUCAGACCAACAUCCAUUGUUCCAGUCUAAAGCUGCCAGAGGGGUGUGUAAGGUCAUGUGUUUCCAUCCCUGGUCUGAUGUCACACUCCCUCUCAUGAACAAAGAAGAGGUUGUCAAGGUGAUUGACAAGUGGGCAGAGCUUGUGGAAGAACUAGGUGCCACCUACCCCUGGGUUCAGGUGUGGGCCAGCAACUUCCUACCAAGUGAGCCAGCUCUGUCAGAUCGCUGUCAGAGAGCGUUUUAUGAAAAACACAAAGAGCCGCUGCUGCUGCAAUACGCCAAGCAAGAAACUGAGAAAAAGGAGCGCUUGGUGGUGAUGAAUGCUGACUGGCUGGCUGUGGUGCCUUAUUGGGCGACGUGGCCCUACCAGUUGCUGCUCUUACCUCGACGACACGUCCUCAGAAUAAAUGAACUCACCACAGAGGAGAGGGGAAGUCUCGCUGACAUCAUGAAGCAGCUGCUGACCAAGUACGACAACCUCUUCGAAGUGUCUUUUCCCUACUCCAUGGGCUGGCAUGGAGCUCCGACUGGCCCACACUUAAAAGAAGACAACUCCCACUGGCAGCUGCACGCUCACUACUACCCUCCUCUGCUGCGCUCCGCCACCGUCAAGAAGUUCAUGGUGGGCUAUGAGAUGCUCGCCCAGGAGCAGAGAGACCUCACUCCUGAACAGGCAGCGGAGAAGCUCCGGGAUCUGCCAGAUGAGCACCAUAAAGACAGAGAAGAACAAAGGGAAGGUAGAUAAAGGACCAUGUCUGGUGGAAAAAAGGAAGAAAAAAAAUCUAGUUUGGAUACAAUGUAUUUUCCAUACAGAAUUUAAUUUCCUUUAUUUGGUCUGAAAAUGUUAGUGAUGUUUCGAUCAGAUUCCCAUACCAAUCAUCCCCAAGUGAGAUUGGCCGAUACCAGUGAUAAUAUCACUCACAUGUAUUAUUGUGUUUAACAAUAUCACUGCCCGCUAACUGCAAACAAACAGAGCUAAGCUGAUCCUGCUAUGUCUGGGUACACAUCGCAACAGGCACCGCCUUUUAAAAUCACACACACACACACACACACUCUGGUCUCAUGAAACAUUUCAACUGCUUAUGCCUGAUAUUUUGUUUUAUUUUAAGAGGAUCAAUAUUUCAAUUAGUAAUUAGAUUACCUUUUGCCAAAGUUACAAGUAACUAUAAUAAAUAACUUUUUAAAAGUAAUAUUUCAAACGAUGAUUGUAGUACAUAUAAGGCAUAAAUAACAUUUCAUUUAGGCCAAAAAUGUGUAAAACUGGCUUAAAAUAAAAAAGGGGGGGAAUGUGAUAAAGUAAAAUCGCUAAAUGUGAAUGAAUGAAUGAAUGAAGGAAUGAAUGGUUUAUUUUGAGCCAUGCAAACAAAACAAGAGAAUGACAUAAAAUACAAAAUAAAUAUAUAAAUACAUUAUUUUUACACCUACAUUGAAAACAUUACAUGUGACUAAUCUUUUGUAGAUGUCAAGAUUGGCUCAAAAGGGAGUGGAAAGAAGUAAACUUAUUAGGUCCCACCCCUAUAAAUGUAAAGCAGGAUGUGGCCAAGGAUGAGUAAUAGUCACACUGGCAUGUUGUCUUAAUGGUAAUUGUUUGUUUUUAUAUGUUUUACAUUGUUUUUUAUGAAUUGUCUAUAAUCUAAAUCCAAUCCACAGACAAUUGCACACAGCACUAUCACAGUCGGAAUCAUGACUCCCACAUGUGUUACUAUUUUUAUUUCUUUCUGUAUUUUUGUCAUAUGUUAAACUGAAUGUGACAAUCUCAUUUCCCUUCUCUCUAACUGAAAUUAAAAUAAACAUGAUUGGAGUCCUUCCAAACUCUUCCAAACAAGAAGUGUAAUAUUCAAUUUAGUAUAUGUUAACUUAGUUUUGCCCUGAUCCCUGAAAUAAUGUGACGAUGCAUGACCAAAAGAAGUAUCGUAUUUUUCGGAUUAUAAAUCGCUCCGGAGUAUACGUCGCACUGGCCGAAAAUGCAUAAUAAAGAAGGAAAAAAACAUAUAUAUGUCGCAUUUUUGGGGGAAAUUUAUUUGAUAAAAUCCAACACCAAGAAUAGACAUUUGAAAGGCAAUUUAAAAUAAAUAAAAAAUAGUGAACAACAUGAGUAAGUGUACGUUAUAUGACGCAUAAAUAACCAACUGAGAAGGUGCCUAGUAUGUUAACGUAACAUUAUGGUAAGAGUCAUUCAAAUAACUAUAACAUAUAGGACAUGCUAUACGUUCACCAAACAAUCUGUCACUCCUAAUCGAUAAAUCCCAUGAAAUCUUUUUCCUCUAUGUCGCUUCUAAACAACUCUGCCAACUCCUAAAGUAUGCGCCGUU